CCGCAGUAUGACCAACAGUACAUGUAUUAUUGGCUUAUUCCUACAAUGAACAGUCAAGCUGGCUAUUUUAAAAUAAUGUUAGAGAAAUCACACAUGUAAAUGUAGAUCCACCAGUGGACGUUAUACAUAGAGAGAUGGAUCAUCCAAAAGAUAAUAUACAGGAAAUCACAGAUGAAGAUCUGAUUGAAAGACAAAAUUUCAUUGAGAAAAAUAUAAAAGAUGACAAAGAGACAAAGUUCAACCAUGGAAAUGGAAUUAAUGCUCCAGGCCUACCUGAUAAAGGGAAUGAAAUAUGUGAUCUAACAGAUGACUCAAAUCAUGGGGUUAAAGACAAUGAUGAUACAAGGAAAGUCAGUGAGAUUCAGAGAAUUCAAGACAUUGACAAUGAAGUUUGUAAAAGUGAAGACAAAACUAUCAAAGGUGAAUCUACUGAGGAACCUCCACUGCCAGACAUUGAAUAUUUUGACGAUGAAGAUGAGCACAAUGAUCAACAAAAAGCUGAUGUUGUAAACAAACAAUUUGUAAAAGAUAGGUCUUUGAAUCCUGAAAUCGGGAAAGAAUACCAAACUGUCCAAAGACAUGAUUUGAAUCAAAAUGCUCAACAAAAUCAAUAUAUUAAACCACCUGGGUCAAAUCAACUGGAUAGAGAUUGUGCUAAUAAUAGAGAUGGAGUCAACAGGGGGGCAUGUUACGAUUACUGGUGCAUGGGAGCAGAUCCAAGGUGGUACUACCCCUGGGAUAAGGAUAACUCAUGCACCAUGCUGACCCUGGCGGGAAUGUGGGGAUUGGUCUGUUGUUUCUUCCCUUGUUCAAUUUGUAUCAAGUGGAUGAGAGACGUCAUGUGUUGUGUGAGUGACCACCAAUGGGACGGCACAUGUGUAGGGGAAACAAUCUGUGGUAUUCCAAGAUUUGGUAACCAUGUAAGACAUCGAAAAAAUAGUGAUUCUAGUUUGGAUAGUUACGGUGACACACCUGCAUCAAGAAUGUAUGAUGCUUGAUGGGUGUACUUAAAGUGGUAAUAACACAAUAAAUCAUAUAAUGCUUGAUGGAUGUACUUAAAGUGGUAAUGACACUGUAAAUCAUAUUAUGCUUGAUGGAUGUACUUAAAGUGGUAAUGACACUAUAAAUCAUAUUAAGCUUGAUGGAUGUACCUAAAGUGGUAAUAACACCAUAAAUCAUACACUGUUUGAUGGAUGUACUUAAAAGUGGUGAUAACAUCAUAAAUCAUAUGAUGCUUGAUGGGUUUACUUAAAGUGAUAAUAACAGAAUAAAUCAUAUGAUGCUUGAUGGGUGUACUUAAAGUGGUAAUCACCAUAAAUCACAUGCAAUUAAGAGGAAUAGUGAUUAUAGCUUUAAUAGCUCCUAAGAAAUUCCCAC